CUUUUGAAGCUGCACUGGGGCCUAUGACCCACUAGAGGGGGCUCUGUGUGCACCCGGGGUCCUUCCCUUUGUCAGUAUAGGCAACAGUAAAGCACUCUCAUUCCUCUGAAGCCUCAUGCCGGAGAUGGAUUUAAUUUUGAUCGCAGGGCUAUAAGGGAGGGGACUGGAUAGAAAACCUUUGUCAUACGGCAGCAAGCCUCUGUUGUCUUUAAUUACCAUUAAAGUGUAGGAGCUGUGGCCUGGGGAGGGCACUGCCAACCAGGUGUGGGCAGACAUCCUUAGUGCUCUCUGACAAGUGUGGGGCUGAGGAUGGAUGGAAAAGGAUCCUCUGCAGAUUAGCUGGGUGGACUUCAGAUCUAAAAAUUGGCCCCAGCAGAAGAUCAGUUAUGGAUAAGAUGCUCUAAGGAGGACCCUGAGAGUGAGCUACAGACUAUCAGGAAAAUGAGUGAAGAAAGUGCCACUGAGGCCACCGAGGCCACCGAGGCCACCGAGGCCACUGAGGCCACCUCCCCUCCUCCUCCCCAGGGGCAGCGCUACUUUGACCGAUUCUCCGAAGAUGACCCUGAAUAUAUGCGCCUUCGAAACAUGGCGGCUGACCUCCGGCAGGAUUUCAACAUGAUGGAGCAGAAGAAGAGAGUCACCAUGAUCCUUCAGAGCCCUUCUUUCAGGGAGGAACUGGAGAGCCUUAUCCAAGAGCAGAUGAAGAAAGGAAACAACUCUUCCAACAUCUGGGCCCUCCGGCAGAUCGCGGACUUCAUGGCCAGCACCUCCCAUGCCGUCUUUCCAACUUCUCCCAUCAAUCUCUCCAUGAUGACCCCCAUCAACGACCUCCACAGUGCUGACUUGCCAAACUUGGCCAAAGGGGAACGUCUCAUGCGCUGCAAGAUUGGCAGUGUCUACAGACUCUUAGACCUAUAUGGAUGGGCCCAACUGAGCGACACCUAUGUCACGCUGAGAGUCAGCAAAGAGCAGGAUCACUUCCUGAUUAGUCCCAAAGGCCUCUCCUGCAGUGAAGUCACAGCUUCCAGUCUGAUCAAAGUGAAUAUCCUUGGUGAAGUGGUAGAGAAGGGCAGCAGCAGCUUCCCAGUGGAUGCCACAGGCUUCAGUCUGCAUUCAGCGAUUUACGCAGCCAGGCCUGAUGUGAGGUGCAUCAUCCAUCUGCAUACCCCAGCCACAGCAGCGGUGUCAGCCAUGAAGUGGGGCCUCCUACCCAUCUCUCAUGAUGCACUGCUGGUGGGGGACAUGGUAUACUAUGACUUCAAUGGAGAAAUGGAGGAGGAAGCUGAUCGAAUCAAUCUGCAGAAGUGCCUUGGACCCACCUGCAAGAUCCUGGUGCUAAGAAAUCACGGCAUGGUUGCUCUGGGGGACACCGUUGAGGAAGCAUUUUAUAAGAUCUUCCACCUCCAGGCAGCUUGUGAGAUACAGGUGUCUGCUCUGUCCAGUGCUGGAGGGUCAGAGAACCUCAUCUUGCUGGAGCGAGAGAAGCAUCGGCCCCAUGAAGUGGGGUCGGUGAGAUGGGCUGGGAGCACCUUUGGACCUAUGCAGAAGAGUCGGCUGGGCGAGCAUGAGUUUGAGGCUCUCAUGAGGAUGCUAGAUAAUCUGGGUUACCGAACAGGCUACACCUAUAGAUAUCCUUUUGUCCAAGAGAAAGCAAAACACAAAAGCGAGGUUGAGAUCCCAGCCACUGUCACAGCCUUUGUUUUUGAAGAGGAUGGAGCACCCAUCUCCACUCUGCGGCAACAUGCUCAGAAACAGCAGAAGGAGAAGACCCGAUGGCUGAACAGUCCCAACACAUACCUUCGGGUCAAUGUGGCAGAUGAGGUCCAGAGGAACAUGAGCAGUCCUCGGACCAAAACUACAUGGAUGAAAGCAGAUGAAGUGGAGAAGUCUAGCAGUGGAAUGCCAAUCCGAAUCGAAAAUCCAAACCAAUUUGUGCCUCUCUAUACGGACCCCCAGGAAGUGCUGGAAAUGCGAAACAAGAUUCGGGAGCAAAAUCGUCAGGAUGUGAAGUCAGCAGGUCCUCAGUCACAGCUGUUGGCUAGUGUCAUAGCAGAGAAGAGUCGGAGUCCGUCUACAGAUAGCCACCUGGCCUCCAAGGGUGACACAGAUACCAAAGACGACUCAGAGGAAACAGUGCCUGUGGGACCAGAACCCCCAAAUCCUUUCAGCCAGCUCACUGACCAAGAACUGGAGGAAUAUAAGAAAGAGGUGGAGAGGAAGAAACUUGAGCUUGAUGGUGAGAAAGAAACAGCAGCAGAAGAGCCUAGCUCUCCUUUGAAGUCUGCCCCUGCUUCUCCAGUGAAGAGUCCAUCUAAAACAGAAACAAAGAGUCCUGCCCUUUCCCCAUCUAAGUCUUCAGAGGGUGCUAAGAAGACUGAAACAAGUAAAGCUGCUGAUGAAUCUGAAAAGACCAUGCCAGAAGGGGUAGUGGUCAAUGGAAAAGAGGAAGACCAGACAGUAGAAGAAAUGCUCAGCAAAGGAAUUAGUCAGAUGACUACCAAUGCUGACACAGAUGUGGAUACCUCCAAGGAAAAAACUGAGUCAGUCACCAGCGGCCCGAUGUCCCCAGAAGGCUCACCCUCUAAGUCCCCAUCCAAGAAGAAAAAGAAAUUCCGAACCCCGUCCUUCCUGAAAAAAAGCAAAAAGAAGGAGAAAGUGGAAUCCUGAUUUUCCCACCCUCAGGUUCCCCCUUGCUUCUCCUUUCCUGUCCCUUCCCUCCCCCGUCUCUGUCUCUGAAACUACAGAGCCACAGAAGGAGAGAGUAAGAUGUAGACGUGUACAGCUGGAAGAGACCUUAGAAUCCAUCUAGUACCAUCCUUUCAGUUGACAGAGAAGACACUGAGGCUCAUCAGGGGGAAGUGACUUGUCCAGGGUCACAUACUAGUUAGUGGCAGAGCCAGGACUAGAACCCAGGUCUUUGGACUCCUAGUCCAGUGUUCUUUCCACUAUGGCAAUGCUGCCUAGCUGCAAGCUGCCUUUGUUAGAAUGGUGCCCGCCAAUACUGAGCCAAAGGCUGGAAACCAGGAAUGACUCUCAACCUCUUACACUCUCAAGCUAAAUGUGAGAGGGUGGGGGCUUUCCCAGCUCAUAAUCUACUCUUUCUCUCAGGAACCUAGUUUCCUGCUGAUAUAGCUGUAGCUAACAGAAAUCAUUUUGUCCUUCUUCAUUUGGGGUUCCCAUCCCCUCUGCUUGAGGACCUAAACACACUUUCUUGCACCCUAAGCAAAUACUGAUUUUCACUUUUGUGUUCAUAAGGACUCAUUGUUCAGUCUGUACCUCCCUGGCUACUAGACCUUGAGUUCUAAGGAAAACACCUCUUUUCAUAACGCGUGAGAGAGAGAGAGAAAGAGAGAGAGAGAGAGAGAGAGAGAGAGAGAGAGAGAGAGAGAGAGAGAGAGAGAGAGAGAGAGAGAAUGAAUGAAUGAAUGCACACCCUGGCAAGAGUUGGCAGAAAUGAGUGGAAGAGUAAAGGAUUCUGAAUUCAGGGAAGACAAGUGGGACUGGGAGCUAAGCAUCUACUUGGUCAGCAACCAAAGAAUAUAAUUUUGGUUUUAUUAAUAUGAAAAGGUCAGAAUGUCAUAUCCCCUUAAAACUCUGGAUUUUGACCUCUAAGGUUGAGACCACAUGAACAAAGUUAGAGGGUAGGGGAAGAUUCCCCACCAUUCUGUUUCUUAGCUAGAGGAGAGAUGGGGGAAGCCUAGAACCUCUGCUUGAUUUUGGAUUUCACAAAAUGAGAGAGGAUGUAGUGCCCCUUCCUUGUCCCAAACUUAAGGUACAUCUACUACCUUCCCUAAACAAUGUUUGGUUGUCAUGCUCCCCUUGGGGAUUAAACCCUCCUUGUUAAAGAUCAUUUUCCUUAAAACAGGAUCCUUUGUUUAUGAGACCAGAAUCAAUGCCCUUCCAUUUGGCAAGAUACCUAUGAACCCUCCUGGAUUAUCACUAGAUCUGGAGCCAGCAGAGAUGGAAGGGUCCAAAAGCCACCUGAAGCCAGGCAGCCUGGGAAAAUGGUUGAAUCCCCCCCCCACUUCUAAAAACACAGCCUGCAUCAUCAAUCCAUUCCAGGACCCAAUAAAAGCUGCAAAGUUGUUUGUUUAUUGUUAAUACCAGCACUGCCUUUCAAAAAAACAUUUUGUCAUGGGGCAUUUAAUAAAGGAAGCUCUAGGAAACAGGUGUGCUAUUUUCCCUGCUAGGCAGUGAUAUUGAAGAAAUCUGCUUUUCUACUCUGACCCAGUUAGGAUUAAAAAAUAAAUAAAUAAAUAAAUUUAUAAGAAGACUUUUUAGUACCAAGUGCUAUUGUUAGUUUAGAAUCACUAUUGAUCUUUACUCUCCCCUGUUUAAUAAGAACAGAAAAUUGGAGUGAGUAUAAAAACUCCACUUGACCUCCCUGGUGAACUGUUAACUCACCCUGCUGUCAGUGAGAGUGGUGCUAAUGAUGAUACCAACAUGCACUUGUGUCCAAGUGAGCAACAAGGACUUCUUGGUUCCACUGCCAGGAGUGGUGAGGCUGAAUGAGGAAAGGUGAUCUUGUUUCUUUCUGUGGUCAUAUAAAAAUCAAAGCCCUUCAUGUCGUCAUUCCCAGAUGUUUCUUCAAGGCCAAGUCCUUUCAAAUUCAGUAAGAGGUGAACUCCUCUAAGUUGACCAAGUGAGCAGAGGGAGUCCAAAAAUAUCUGUUGAGUAGAUCAUACUUUUGAAAACAUCUUCAUUGAUAACCACCUUUAGAAAGAUUUCACACUAACUUUAGAAAUUAAUAUUUAUUCUGAUUAGCACAGGGAAAGAAAGCAAUGUUUACCAUAUGGGGUAAAGAAACAAAUUCAUGCCCUUUGAGAGAGUGUGUGUGUGUGUGUGUGUGUGUGUGUCUGGAGUUCAGAGAUAAGAAAAGAUAUUCCUGUCUUUGGAAUCAUAGAAUCUUAGCACUGGAAGGACCUCAAAGGUCAUUCAGUCUAAACUGAACCCUCACGGAAACACUGCCACCCCAUUUCUAACAAGUGGUCAUUAAGGUUUCCCUUGAUGAUCUGUGGCAUUGGGGCACUUACAACAUGCCCAAAGUCUCCCAUUCUUCUUUUGAACAGCUCAAAUUGUUUGGAAGUUCUUUUAUCAAGCCAAUAUGUUUUCCUUCCAAGGACAUUAGGCCCCUGUAAUUCCCCUCUCGUUCCUAGUUCUGCAGCCUGAGGUCAAGCAAAAAAAAUCUUUGUCCAAGUGACAGUUUAAAAAAAUAUUUGUAGAUAGCAAUCAGAAAUGUCCUAGGCCUCCCCAUCUUCAGACUAAACAGAGCCAAUUCAUUUUCUUUUUAAAAUAGUAGCCUGGGCACAUGUAAGCAAAUAUACUGGUUUCAAUCCCCAAGGUCCAUACAGUGUGACUGCCUUAGAGUGAAACUGCCUUAUACUAAAGGCUGUUUUAGAACAUCAGUUUAAUGGAUGGUAUAGCAUUCUGGUGGAUAGUGUUUAACUUGGAGUCAAGAAGGACCUGGGCUUAAAUCCCAUCUCUGACAAUUAUGUGACCACAGGAAAAUCAUUUCAAAUCUCUGAGCCCCACUUUCCUCAUUUUAAAAAUAGGUUUUAUGAUCCCCACAAUACCUCACAGUAUUGUGAGGUUCAUAUCAGUCAAAUUUUAAAUACUAUGUAGAUGUCAAUUAUCAUUAUCAAGCCCCUCCAUGUGGUCUAAGAGAGCUGUCUAAUGCUAAAUUGUGCUCUAUAUCAGAGAGCAAAGUUUUCUUGUGGAAUCCAUAAUGUUCUUUGAGGAAAAUACUUAGAAUAAAGGACUGUCCAAAUUGGAAGGGACCUUAGAGCUCAUCUAAUACAACCAGCUCAUUGUACAAUUGAGGAAACUGAAGCCCAGAAACACUCUGACCUGCCCAAUUUCACAGAGCUAUUAAGUGACAGAACCCAAGUUGUCUACAUCUAGUCCAGGUGUUCUUAUCACUGCCCCAGUGCUCCUUAGUAGCCAGUUUUAGUGGAUAGAGGAAGAUGUCAGCAGAAUUGAAGGUUAGUACAACUAUUUCCUGUUCUAUUCACUUAGAGCAGAAAUCAUUGAGGUAUCUUUUCAAACACCUUAAUUUGCCCAAUGGAAAAGGUACACUCCAGUCCAUGAAAACCAAUAUGCUUUUAGAGUGGCAGGCGGGGUGGUUGAUUUUUUUUGGGGGGGGGGUUCCCUUUACUUCUAGAUGAAAUAAAGAUGGGAGUAGCAUUAACUCUGAAAAGAAUUCAUAGGAGGAAGAUCCAUGAUUAGUUUUAAAAUGUCAUUAAUUCACAUAUAUGGCAUUGGGAGAAGAGAUGAAAAAAUCAUUUUGAUUUUAAGCUGUCUCCCUUUCAGCUUGAAAUCCAUGAUCCUUGACCUGUCCCUAAACUUUUGAAAGAAAGCCUCGUUGAGGGUGGCAUUUAGUGAUAGCUAUGCCUAGGCAAGCUCUGGUGUUAGGUUUGCCUAGUUUCCUAGAAGACAGGCAGACACUGAUUUUCCACUCCACUUCCAGCUCUUAUCUCCUAACCUAAUUUUAAGGCUUUCUGGAGGCUUUUGGUCUAUCAUAAUUUUUUAAAAAUUGUGGCUUUCUGCCUCUCAGUCAGGUAAUCCAUAUACCCUUCCAUCCCUCAAAUUCAAUUAAGCAACAAAAAAUCGACUAUAGGGAUCAUCCUCUGCUAUAGGCAUCAGAUAGAUGUAUUUUACCAAGCCCCACCUUUAUAAACAAUUUGUUAUACCAUAGAUUGCUUUAUAUUUGAGGUCAAAGCAUGUACCCCAUAAACACAGGGAUCUAAUAGGAUUGUAAAGUUGGAGCUGAAAGGGACCUUAGAAGUCUUCUAUCCAAUUCCCUCGGAUCAAAGAUGAGGAAUUUAAGACCUAGGGUAGAAAAAAGACCUGCCCAAGGUCACAGAGGAAGAGGCGGAACAAAGAUUCAAACCCAGAUCCUCUGACCCAAAGGUUCACCCAUCUUUUCAUCGCACAAAGCUGCUUCAAAGCAUUAGAACACGCCAUCAGGUUUGUCUGCUCAGAGGCAAUGGGUGUGCGUGUGUGUAUGUAUGUGCAUGUGUGUGAGGGGGAGAAAGAGAAACAUUUUGUUUCUUUGAGAGCAAUUAUUUAUUAACAUAGGACAUCUAGAGUGUGUUUUGAUUUAGAAUUACAUAACUUAAUUUGACUCUCACCACAACUUAAUGAGUUAAGUAGGGCAGGAUUAUUACUAUUCCUGAAAUCGGGGUUCAGAGAAGUGCUUUGACUUGCCUGAGCUCUGACAGAUGGCAAAUAGCACUUGUAGUUUCAGAAAACCUGAAAUUCCAGAGCAAGAUUCUGCUAAUUACAAACUUGCCCAGGGACAUAUGCACCGUACAGUUUGCAUGUUUGGCUUGCCCUUUCCCAAUAUGCUUAUUUUUUGCUAUAGCUCCAAGCCAAAUAUAACCCAUGACACUAAAAUGUGACCAUUUAAAGGCCUCUAACUGGCAGCACUGCAAUCAUAUUCCAUUAUAUUCAUAUGCCACCAUUUGUUUAGCUACUCCCCCCAAACCUCUCAUUUUAUAGAGGAGGAAACUGAGUCCCAGAGAAGGGAAAUGACUCACCCUAGGUCACACAAUUAAGAGUAGAACUAGAAGUCUGUAAAGUAAUAUAUCUAAAUUCUCCACCACCACAAUUUGAAAAUUGAUGGGGCAAUUCUCUUCUCUCCUGUUUUGAGUAUUUUGAAAGGAAACACUUGACUUAAUAGAAAACUAAUAAGCAAGGACUUGCUCUGUAAUUACAUGAUAUCUGCUCACCAGUUAUUCAUUUAUAAGUUUACAUCUGUGCACAGUAAUGCUUGUGCUGUGCAAUAUGUGAAGCAUAAAUAAUGAUGUAAUUAUUCCCAAAUAACCCAGCAAUUAUCUGAGCGAUUAUAUAUUGGAUUGCAGUUAUUUGUGCCAGGAUAAAGAAAUGGUUACAAAAGCAGAGUUGUGGCAUAAAUGAAUUGCCUUCAGCUCUGUUGUCAUCUCACAAGGAGGACACGUGUACCCAGCAAUCAAUGGGUAAAUUUUUAGGCAACCCACCCUCCUCCUAUUCAGUGUAGAAAGGAACUGUCAGUGUGUUCUUCUAAGUGAUCUUGGAGAUUUGGGAUUCUCCUUUCAGGGUAGCCAACUCGAACAACAGUGAGGAAAUGCAUCUAUUCAUUGGGGUGGGGGGGGGAGGGAAAAGGAUUUUUUUUAAAGUUUUCAUUAAAAGCCACACGCCCUGAAAGCUUUGCUUCGAAGUUCUUACUUCUCAUCAAGAAAGCUGAAGGGCAAGGGGGUGGAGAAGCACCUCAUAAUUCUUGUCAUUCAUAAAGAAGGCUAGUGUAUAUGUAUUUCAGUGGGGCAUCUGAUUGGCUUAUAACAAAGAGCAAGAAAGAACUGUAUGCUUUGAAAAUAGGGAUAGUCUGUGAAGGUUAUUUUGGAGACAGGAAUAGCAUUUACCUCAGUAGAAGAAGGACUAGACCUGAGCUUUCAUUAAUAUAGGGAAUUCACAGAUGAGGAAACUCCCUUUACCAAUGUUAAGUCAGCACCUUCUCCCCAACUUAUAUCCUUAGAGCACUUAAAGGUUAAGUCCAUUGCCUCAAUAACACAGCCAGUAUGUGCCAGAAGGUGGACUUGAACCAUGUCUUCCUGGUUCCCCUAAUCAUUACACCAGACUGCCUCUCAUCACAUAGUAGUCCCUCAAUAAAUACUUGUUUGGUUAAACUGAAUGGAGCAGAAAUGACUAAGCUUUUCCAGUAUGGAGUUGCUGUUUUCAGGUAUAGGAUUUAACUCUUUCAAAUCCAUGUAAUCAGAAAUGUUCAUGUUAUGGGAUCCCAUCAUUUCUAUGAAUUCUAUAAACAGAAAAUUUUACACACACACACACACACACACACACACACACACACACACACACACACACAGAGGAAAAGUUUAGAAAUGCAAAUUUUGGAACUUGGAACACUUUUACGAUUCUGUUUGAAUAACUGGCAUUCCCAGGCUUGAAAUGUAUUUACCAAAAGGAAGGCGAAGUGAAAAUAUACAGACCUUGGGCAAGUCACGGAACUCCUUGGACCUCGGUUUCUCCAGCUAUAAAAUGAAAAGGUUGAACUAGAUGGCCUCUGAGAACCCUUCCAGCUCUACAGCUAUGAUUCAGACUCAGUAAUUUCAGGAAAAUUUAAAAACAGAAAAAGGAAAAAGAAAACGAAACCUACCAUAGCAUAAUGGAGGAAAACUAGCCAGACAAUCCCUGGGACAUGAAAGCAGGUUUAGGCCCUUCUGUUCCUGGCCUGGAGGAUCCCCAAGUGGAUUAAUUAUUACUAUCAGGGGCUUUAGGGACCAUGAAUCUUACAUUUUCCAUUUGGUGCUGUCUUGACAAAUAUUAGAAAUUGUGAGGAUUGGCCAUUAGAACUGCAGAGAACCUCGGAGAUCACCUGAAGGUUCAAACACCUUCAUUUUACAGAUGAGGAAAAUGCAAGGGAAGUGACUCGUCCCAGGUCACAGGAAUAAGCAGUGGAAUUGGGAUUUCUACCAAGCUCCUUGAACUCCAGAAGCAGGGAUCUUUCCACCCUAUUACACUGCCACUUCAGUAACAAUGAUGGAAUCAGGCUGAGCACUGAGAUCAUUAGAAUGAGCAUUUCAGCUAGGUAGGGGGAAGGAGGAGCACAAGCAUUUCCUGAUUGCUCCAGUAUCUGCCAGUUCUUCUCCCUUCUGUCCACCAGCAGCAGCAAAGGCUCGUGGUCAUUUGGCAAUGCCCCUUAAAUUUCCCUCCAGGUCUGAAAACAGGUGGAGCUGCUGGAAAGGGAAAGACAAGUUAUACCUAUAUCAAAACCCCAAACUCUCAGCCUAUCAGGGGGAGCUACCUUGCAGAGAUAACUGUUAGAUGGGGGUUCUCUGUUAAAGUGAAACUGAUGGUUUGUAGCAACUGGACUAGGGCUCCAGAGGGCUACGGAGACGAGUGGCAACAUCUUUACAACUUUGGAAGGCCUCUCAGCUGACGAAACAGAUUCCCAGGGUCCUCCCAACUCCACAUCUCAUGCCCAACCCAGGUCUCCAAUCCCACCUGAAGAAUGACUUAGUUUUCUCCUUGUGGGUUGCUCUAUCCCUGUCUCCUGUAAUACACACCUGGUAACUGUUCAGACUUGGUGUUUUAGCCUCUCAUCGGAAAGGAAAGGAAAAAUGAAAUGGACAGAAGCCAGGGAUUGCCUGUGCAGUGGUUAAGUAAAGCAGAGUAAGUCUAAGGUACAAUGUUCUGUAUAGUUAUUGGGCUGUUCCAGUGAAAUGUCUGUGUCUGACAAUCGUGGCUUCAAAGUGCUAUUUAAUGUCUCCACUUGUACAUAUAUUCUCUAAGCUUGGCCUUUUGCUACUAUUGUGAAGUUUAAAGUAGGGGUUCCAUGUACAUAGUACGACUUCAGCUACUGAGACGCUUGCACCCUGUAUCUUGGCAUUACUGCUGGCAAACCGUCCUGCCUUUCUUCGGCAUGUCAACACUUUUGGAACAACGGUGACAUGAAGAUGAAUGGUUGGUCUCUUGGGCUUUUACUUUGCAAUUUUCUAUAUACAUAAUAUGACUAUAUAUUUAUGGGUUGGUUUUGUACAGUUUGGGGGUUUGCAUCUCCAAGCACCAAUGCUGUCCUGCUAUUUCCAAGAGAAUGUUUUGGAAUCACUGUCUGGGUCUUCUCACUUUGCUUGUGUUUGAGUGUCUCAUCCAAGGGGAUGUAUCCCUGCCUAUGGAUUACUACUAAUAUGUGUGCUAUUCUCUCAUGAAUGGAUAUUAACAUAUUAAACAUAAUGUUCUCAGCCUC